CGCCACAUUUCGCCUGAUAUUAUGGUGUCAGAAGUGACAAUCAAGCAAGAUAAACAAAAAUUUUAUGUGCUAAUAAAUACGAAAAACACGCGAAAAAACCACGCGCACGGAUGAUUUUGAGAAAAUUUCGGGAUUGUCUGCAAAUUUUCAACGAUCCCAAGGGGGCAGAGGAGUAAAAAAAGCUGAGAUUAGAAGUACCAAAAGCACACAUCAUUGCCAUUUAGUCUAGAUUCAGGGAUGUUAUAUAAUAUUGCCAAUUAAUUACCAUAAUUAUUACGUGGACGUGAUUAUCUGCUUAUCAAAGCGCACAACGAAGUCCUCCAGUAUCUCAUACACCAGACGAUUGGCUUUAAGAUAAGCUGACAGCUUAGAAAAUCAGUGUUAUUGGACAUUUGAUUGAGACAGAGUACAAAAGAAAACAGACGCAACAUGUCCAAGUCCCUUGGUAGGAAGUUAUUUGACAAUCUCAAGAGCAAGGAGUUCCGGGAUUAUCUUAUGAGCACACACUUCUGGGGUCCUGUAGCCAAUUGGGGAAUACCUUUAGCUGCUCUGGCUGAUAUCCGGAAGGAUCCAAUAAUUAUCAGUGGAAAAAUGACGACUGCGCUGUGCCUGUACUCGACGAUCUUCAUGAGGUUCGCGUGGAAGGUUCAGCCAAGGAAUUUAUUGUUAUUUGCAUGUCACAUAACCAAUUUUACUGCCCAAGGAGUUCAAGGAGGACGUUUUAUCCACUAUCACUAUCUCGGUGGAAAGAAAAAUGCUCCUCCGGCGGCUCCAGCCAAGCCGGAAAAUGCUAUUCAGGCUAAACCUGAUGCUCCGGCAAAGUAGAGAAAGAUUAUAGAUGGUGUAAUAAUGCUUAAAGAAUUCUGUGGUGCUACAAGUGAGGACACCUGAAAACAUAUCAUUAAUAUUGCCAGAUUUUACCAAAAAAAAAUCCCUCAAUUUCUUGUAUAUAGAUUUCAGAAAUCGUACGAGAAAAUAUAUAGACGGGAUGUUUUGUGUUCAGUAUCCUGAGAGGACACGUUCCUUGGACAAAAGAGGGUAGAUGGAGAGAGGAGAGUCACAAUAUAUAUAAGAAAAAAAAAUAUUUUGUGUAAAUCAACGUACACGAUAUAAAACAAUAGAAUUCCCAAAAA